UCUCCAUCAGUUCUUAAACCCCAGUAAACAUAUCUGUUACAGAAACCCUCUUUCCCUCUCUCCUUUCUCUUAUCCCAAACAGGCCAAUGUCCUCCAUCACCUCCUCCGGGCAGCUUCUCCCCACCACUGCAAACCUAUCCUCAUCUUGGCCCUCCAGAAGCAAGCUCUCCUCCUCACGCGCCGGUUCCAUAAGAUGUAGCAGUCUCUCCCCCCAAAACCCUAACCCCGUACCACCGCCCUCCCAAAACAAUUCUCUCCACCUCCUCAAAUCUAUCUCCAAACCCCUCGCCAUUGUCACCGCGUCAUCUGCUGCCUCGCUUUUCCUCAUUCUAGGAGGUAUCAACAACGACAAUAAUGGUAAUUUCUUAGGCGGUGGGGGUGGAGGUGGUGGUGGUGGUGGUAAUGGUGGAGACGGUGGAAAUGAGUUCUGGAGGAAGCUUUUUUCUCCGGCGGCGGCCGUGGCGGACGAGAACCAAUCGCAGGAGUGGGAUUCACACGGCCUGCCGGCAAACAUCGUGGUCCAGCUGAACAAGCUUAGUGGGUUUAAGAAGUAUAAACUUUCGGAGAUUCUCUUCUUCGAUAGGCGAAGGUGGACGACGGUGGGAACCGAGGAUUCCUUUUUCGAGAUGGUUUCUCUUCGUCCCGGCGGCGUUUAUACCAAGACCCAGUUGCAGAAAGAGCUCGAAACUCUUGCCACAUGCGGGAUGUUCGAGAAGGUGGAUAUGGAAGGAAAGACGAACCCGGAUGGGACACUGAACGUCACCAUUUCCUUCACGGAGAGUACGUGGCAAUCUGCGGACAAGUUCAGGUGCAUCAAUGUCGGCUUGAUGCCGCAAUCCAAGCCAAUAGAGAUGGAUCCGGACAUGACCGAUAAGGAGAAGCUGGAAUACUACAGGAGCCAGGAGAAGGAUUACAAGAGGAGAAUUGAGCGAGCCAGGCCGUGCCUGCUUCCCGUGGCGAUCCACAGGGAGGUGCUGCAGUUGCUGGGUGACCAAGGAAAGGUGAGCGCGAGACUGUUGCAGAAGAUACGUGACCGUGUCCAAAAAUGGUACCACGAUGAAGGGUAUGCCUGCGCUCAAGUUGUGAACUUUGGGAAUUUGAACACGAAAGAGGUGGUUUGUGAGGUUGUAGAAGGGGAUAUUACUCAGUUGGUGAUACAGUUUCAGGAUAAGCUUGGAAAUGUGGUUGAGGGUAACACCCAGCUCCCAGUUGUGAGGAGGGAAUUGCCCAAACAGCUUCGACCGGGUCAUGUUUUUAACAUAGAAGCAGGGAAACAAGCUCUCAGGAACAUAAACUCUUUAGCUUUGUUCUCAAAUAUUGAAGUCAACCCACGUCCUGAUGAGAAGAAUGAAGGAGGGAUCAUUGUUGAGAUUAAGCUUAAAGAACUGGAGCAAAAGUCAGCUGAAGUUAGUACAGAGUGGAGCAUUGUUCCAGGGCGUGGAGGAGGCCCUACAUUGGCUUCAAUUCAACCUGGUGGGACUGUUUCUUUUGAACAUAGGAAUCUUCAAGGGCUAAAUAGGUCUAUUCUUGGUUCAGUCACCACCAGCAACUUCUUUAACCCUCAGGAUGAUCUUGCAUUUAAGCUGGAGUAUGUGCAUCCAUAUCUUGAUGGUGUGUACAAUCCACGUAAUCGUACCUUUCGUGCGAGCUGCUUUAACAGCCGAAAACUAAGUCCAGUCUUCACUGGUGGACCAGGAGUCGAUGAAGUCCCCCCUAUUUGGGUUGACCGAGCUGGGGUCAAAGCUAAUAUUACAGAGAAUUUCACCCGGCAAAGUAAAUUUACUUAUGGACUUGUCAUGGAAGAGAUAACAACCCGUGAUGAAAGCAGUCAUAUAUCUGCAAAUGGUCAAAGAAUGUUGCCAAGUGGUGGAAUUAGUGCAGAUGGACCUCCAACAACCCUCAGUGGCACUGGCAUUGAUCGAAUGGCAUUUUUACAGGCAAAUAUAACCCGUGAUAACACCAAGUUUGUAAAUGGAGCUAUAGUUGGUGAGAGGAAUGUUUUCCAGGUGGAUCAAGGCCUUGGAGUUGGAAGCAAGUUUCCAUUCUUUAACCGACAUCAGUUAACAUUGACGCGAUUUAUCCAACUGAAGCAAGUGGAAGAAGGUGCCGGUAAACCUCCACCACCUGUUUUAGUCGUUCAUGGUCACUAUGGAGGUUGUGUGGGAGACCUCCCAAGUUAUGAUGCCUUUACACUUGGAGGCCCAUAUUCUGUGAGGGGCUACAACAUGGGUGAGUUGGGGGCAGCGAGAAACAUUCUCGAGCUUGGAGCUGAAAUUAGGAUUCCUGUGAAAAAUACACAUGUUUAUGCAUUUGUAGAGCAUGGCAAUGAUCUAGGAAGUUCAAAGGAUGUUAAGGGCAAUCCAACAGAGGUAUAUAGGCGAAUGGGUCAUGGCUCAUCAUACGGUGCUGGGGUCAAACUUGGUCUAGUAAGAGCUGAGUAUGCUGUUGAUCACAACACUGGCACUGGUGCAUUGUUCUUCCGCUUUGGAGAGAGAUUUUGAGAUACUAUUUUUGCCAAAGAAUUUUGGUCAUUAGCCUUGCUGGAGGGAAUUAUUAGUGCUGGUCAUUGGCCAAUAGCAUCCGGGAGAUUGCUGCUAGGACUGUUCUUGGUCUUCCAAAUCCUUGAGGUGCUUAGUGUUAGUUGUAAGAUUCAUUGAAAUAGUUUUUCUUUUUCGUUUCCCCCUCUUAAAUAAUGUCAUAUCUAUUCAUGCUUCUAUAGUAAUUUCUGGUUGUGUAAGAAGUACAAUGGAUUUUAAUCGGCGAAUUUGUGUAUUUGCUAGUGAAGAGAAAAAUUGAAGGUGUCAACCGAAACCAAGAUUUGCAUUUUUGUCA